UCUGCGUUCUGUACUAGUAACGCAAUUACGGGCCACUGUAACUCGAGAGAGAAAGAAAAAAGUGAAGAGUGUAGUUUUCUUUUUCCAGAACGAAUCUAUGUUCUCAUUUUUUUGUUGUAAAUUUCUGACUUAUUAUUAAAAGUGUAAUUAUUGCUGUGUUUAAUUAUAGAUUGGUUGCGUAAUAAUUGAAUCAAAUAGAACAGUGCCCAAGUAAAAUGAGCAUUGGAAAUACGCUCAUUUAAUAAUGAAACAAGAGAAAUUACAGUUUUAGUGGCGUGUCGAUUGGCACAUAAAGUGGGAUGAAUUGGUUAUUUUAUUGGCAUUUUUGCAAGUGAAAGACAACAACACACAUCACACACUGUAUAGCGACACAAACAAUAUAGGAACUGAGAAUAGUACCAAACUUAGUGUCAUGUCGUCGUAUAAUAUACGCGAUUGACCAUAACAUAUAUGAGUCGACCAAAGUGAAAUUUCGACACAAAAGCAAACACAAAAUACCUAAAUAAUCCAGAAUAUAAAAUAAAAGUACACGGUAGAAGCAUUUCAAUUCUAUAGGCGAGCAACACCAAAAUAAAACACAUAAAUACAUAAAUUUCGAAGAGAAGCGGUUCUUGUGCGGUUCCAAAAAAAAAGUUAAACUAAAAAUAGGAAAUGAAUGUUGUUAAAAAGAAAUUUCCAUCGCUUCAAACUCUCGGUUCGGAUGGAAACACAUCAUUCCUGCGUGCCGCACGAGCCGGAAAUCUCGAUAAAGUGCUUGAGCAUCUCAAAAAUAAUAUUGAUAUAAACACAUGCAAUGCUAAUGGCUUGAAUGCGUUGCAUCUGGCGAGCAAAGACGGACACGUGCACAUAGUGUCCGAGCUACUGAAGCGUGGUGCGUCCGUUGACAAUGCAACUAAAAAGGGCAACACAGCCCUACACAUAGCAUCAUUAGCUGGCCAAGAAGAAGUCGUUAAACUUUUACUGCAAUAUAAUGCAUCAGUUAAUGCACAAUCACAAAAUGGAUUCUCACCCUUGUACAUGGCUGCACAAGAAAAUCACGACUCCGUAGUAAAACUGUUACUUGCAAAUGGCGCCAAUCAAAGUUUAGCCACCGAAGAUGGUUUCACACCAUUGCUAGUGGCAAUGCAACAAGGGCACGAUAAAGUCGUCGCCGUUUUGUUAGAAAGUGACACCCGUGGCAAAGUUCGAUUACCAGCCUUACACAUCGCCGCAAAAAAGGAUGACGUACGCGCUGCGACGCUUUUACUCGAGAAUGAUCAUAAUCCUGAUGUCACAUCUAAAUCUGGAUUCACACCACUACAUAUUGCAAGUCAUUAUGGAAAUGAAGCGAUUGCCAACUUGCUCGUUUCAAAAGAUGCUGACGUCAAUUUCCCGGCCAAGCAUAAUAUUACGCCAUUGCAUGUGAGCUGCAAAUGGGGCAAAGCGAAUAUGGUGGCGUUGCUAUUGGAGAAGGGUGCAAAUAUCGAAAGCAAAACCAGAGACGGACUCACUCCAUUGCAUUGUGCCAGCCGCUCAGGACAUGAACAAGUUGUUGAUAUGCUAUUGGAACGUGGUGCACCAAUUAGCGCAAAAACAAAAAACGGCUUGGCUCCAUUGCAUAUGGCUGCCCAGGGCGAACACGUUGACGCUGCUCGCAUCCUUUUGUAUCAUCGCGCCCCAGUCGAUGAGGUUACUGUUGAUUAUUUAACUGCACUUCACGUUGCAUCUCACUGCGGUCAUGUUCGUGUCGCUAAGCUAUUGUUGGAUCGAAACGCUGACGCAAAUGCACGUGCACUCAAUGGAUUCACACCAUUGCAUAUUGCGUGUAAAAAAAAUCGCAUAAAGGUCGUUGAGUUAUUGCUGAAACAUGGUGCUAGCAUUAGCGCAACCACUGAAAGUGGUUUGACACCGUUACAUGUUGCUAGUUUCAUGGGAUGCAUGAAUAUUGUUAUAUAUUUGCUGCAACAUGAGGCCAGCCCAGACGUUCCGACCGUUCGCGGCGAAACACCAUUACAUUUGGCUUGUCGUGCCAAUCAGACCGAUAUUAUUCGAAUUCUUUUGAGAAAUGGUGCUCAGGUUGAUGCCCGUGCGCGUGAGCAACAAACUGCCUUGCAUAUUGCAUCUCGCUUGGGCAACGUUGACAUUGUUAUGCUUUUAUUGCAACACGGUGCUCAAGUUGAUGCCACCACAAAGGAUAUGUAUACUGCUCUGCAUAUUGCAUCGAAGGAAGGCCAGGACGAGGUGGCAGCCGUUCUGAUUGAAAAUGGAGCAUCGCUCGAAGCCAGCACCAAGAAGGGAUUCCAACCCUUGCAUUUGGCCGCUAAAUACGGCCACAUGAAAGUGGCUGAACUAUUAUUGCAAAAGGGGGCUCCAGUUGACGCGCAAGGAAAGAAUGGAGUCACACCACUUCAUGUCGCUAGUCACUAUGAUCACCAAAAUGUUGCAUUGCUUUUGUUGAACAAAGGAGCAAGCCCUCAUGCAACUGCUAAAAAUGGACAUACUCCAUUGCAUAUUGCGGCCCGCAAGAAUCAAAUGGACAUUGCAACCACUUUAUUGGAAUUUGGUGCUCAGGCUGACAGCGAAAGCCGUGCUGGUUUCACUCCAUUGCAUUUGAGCAGCCAAGAAGGGCACGUUGAAAUGUCAAAUUUGCUGCUCGAACACAAAGCCAAUCCAAAUCAUCAAGCUAAGAACGGUUUGACACCAUUGCAUCUGUGCGCACAAGAAGAUCGCUCGAAUGUUGCACAAAUUCUUGUUGAUCAUGGCGCCAAUGUCAAUACGAAAACCAAACAAAACUAUACUCCAUUGCAUAUGGCUUCGCACUUUGGCCAAUUGAAUAUGGUUCGCUUUUUAUUGCAAAAUGGAGCCAAUGUGAAUUCAGACACUGCAAUUGGUUACACUCCAUUGCAUCAAGCAGCUCAGCAAGGUCAUUUGCAUAUUGUCAACGUGUUGCUAGAACACAAAGCAAACCCAGAUGCUGUUACAUCGCAAGGGCAAACACCGUUGUUUAUUUCGCAAAAAUUGGGUUACAUUAGUGUUGUUGAAUCACUGAAAAAUGUAACACAAUCACCAAAAGAUCAAAUGCAAACGUCGGUCAAUGAAGGUGAGAAGUAUAAGGUUGUUGCUCCAGAGGCAAUGCACGAAACCUUCAUGUCUGAUUCGGAAGAAGAAGGUGGUGACGAUGCUAACACGGAUCAUCCAUAUCGGUAUCUAACCGUGGAUGAAAUGAAAUCGUUGGGAGACGAUUCAUUGCCCAUUGAUGUUACGCGUGACGAACGCAUCGAUUCCAAUCGAAUGGCUGCUUCGACCGAUUCAGGCAACAUGAAUUUAUCACAGCAUGAAGAUAGCAUUACACCACAGAACGUCACUCAAACACACGCUGUUCUCGAUGGAAAAUAUGCCAUUGACAACAUUAAAAUCGAAAGACAUCCCGAGCAAAUCGGCGAACUUUCUUUUAGCUUUUUGGUAUCCUUUUUGGUCGACGCACGCGGAGGAGCGAUGCGAGGAUGCCGACACAGUGGCAUCCGCAUUAUCGUACCUCCUCGUUCGGCUGCGCAACCUACCCGUAUAACGUGUCGUUAUGUGAAGCCACAACGAACGUUGCACCCGCCGCAGCUAAUGGAAGGCGAAGCACUGGCCAGUCGAGUACUCGAAUUAGGGCCAGUUGCAGCCAAAUUUAUUGGACCGGUUAUCAUGGAAGUGCCGCAUUUUGCAUCACUACGUGGGAAAGAGCGUGAAAUUGUGAUUCUGCGCUCAGACAAUGGGGAAACCUGGCGUGAGCAUCAAGUUGAAAACAGCGACGAAAUCAUUCACGACACGCUUACCGAAUAUUUUGAACCAGGAGAUAUAAAUCAAAUGGAUGAAUCGUCUGGUGGACGCAUCUGCCGCUUUGUCACCUAUGAUUUCCCACAAUAUUUCGCUGUUGUAUCGCGUAUUCGUCAAGAAUUACAUGCUAUUGGCCCCGAGGGAGGUGUUGUAUCGAGUACGGUGGUGCCACAAGUACAAGCCGUGUUCCCACAAGGUGCACUCACCAAAAAAAUCAAAGUCGGCCUACAGGCUCAACCAAUCGAUCCAGACUUGACUGCCAAACUACUUGGACGCGGAGUUGCUGUUUCUCCCAUUGUUACAGUCGAGCCGAGACGCCGUAAAUUCCACAAAGCAAUCACACUUAGCAUGCCAGCACCGAAGGCUCACAGCCAAGGAAUGAUCAAUCAGUAUUCGGGCAACGCACCAACCCUACGUCUACUUUGCUCAAUCACAGGUGGACCAUCGCGUGCUCAAUGGGAAGAUGUAACUGGAUCGACUCCAUUGACAUUUGUCAAUGAUUGUGUUUCAUUCACAACGACUGUUUCAGCACGGUUUUGGUUGAUGGACUGUAGAAAUAUAUCGGAAGCAACAAAAAUGGCCACAGAUUUAUACCGUGAGGCAAUACACGUUCCAUUCAUGGCAAAAUUUGUGGUGUUUGCCAAGCGUGUCGAUCCAUCAGAAGCUCGAUUACGUGUCUUCUGUAUGACCGAUGACAAGGAGGAUAAAACCCUUGAGUACCAGGAGCAUUUCACCGAGGUGGCAAAGAGUCGUGACGUCGAAGUGCUUGAAGGAAAGCCGCAAUAUACUGAAUUUGCGGGCAAUUUAGUGCCGGUCACCAAAUCGGGUGAACAACUGCAAAUCCAAUUCAAAGCGUUCCGCGAGAAUCGUUUGCCGUUCAAUGUUCGUGUGAAAGACCAACAUGCCGACACCGUUGGACGUGCCUUGUUUAUGCGAGAACCGCGCGUGGCCAAAGGCGAACAACCACAACAGCCAAUUUGUAUUCUUAACAUUGUACUGCCCGAGAAAAUUCAUGCCGAAAGCGCCGACGGUAGUCGUGAUCUAAAGCAUUUCACUGAAUUAUCCAGUUUCUAUCGCACGGGCAUUGAUCGAAGCAAUUUGAGUGAUAUACGCAUUGUUGACAUUUCGAACUUACUAGGCGAAGAUUGGGUUCGCCUUGCGCCUGAACUCGGUAUUGAAGAAGAGGAGGUUAGCGAAAUUAUUGCGGAAAAUCCAACGAGUACACCACGGCAAGCACAAUCAAUGUUACAAAAUUAUAUACUGCGCAAAGAUAGUAAUCGAACGGUUCUCGAGACCAGUUUGCGAUCAAUUAAACGUGAUGAUAUUAUCAAAAAGUGCUUGAGGCUCAGCUCCUACAUCGAAAGACCAAAACAAGUGGCUGCCAGCAGCCGCAAGGGUAACAUUCUAGACAAUGGAUACGAAGAAACAGACAUUAUGAAAGACUCGGAGUCAGUGGAAGAGCUGGCGGCACGCGAACGAGAAGAGCUUAAAUAUUCAGCGGAAGAGAAAAUUGUCGAAGACUCGGACGGCGAGUCCCAAGAAGAUGAAAUAGUAAAACGAAGUGUUGCCGAACGGCGUGAACAAAUCACGAAACGUUUGUCAAUCGAGCGGCCAAUUCCAGCGUCAACUCAGCAGAAAGAGAUUGUACAAGAAGUGGCCGAAAUAAAGCGACGUAGUUUAAUUGAAGAUAAAAAAGCGCUUCACGAAGAAGAGAUAAUUAUGCACGCACCAACCGAUAACAUCAUCAAAUCGGCUACGAUUCCAGAACCAGUGAUCAAAUUGAAAUCGGGAGUUAAAGAGGAGAUUGACGUGAGCAAAAGCGAAUUUGAUAAAGAAUUACAAGAUAAACUCAAGACAACCCUUAAAGACGUCGACAGCUUUGAGCAUAAAGUUUCAGCAGACUUGACUGCGGCUGCACCACGUGUUGAAGAGAAAGUACAGAUCGACAGUGUUGUAACGGAAAAAUCAUUCAAAGAUGACAAUGAAACGAUUUUCGUUACAUCGACCAUCGAAACAGUGGCUCCUACAGUGAAAGAGAAAAUUGAUGCGACAAAACGAUUUUUGGAACACGAAAAUGUCGAAAUUCUAGCGAAUGUGGAACAGCCAAAACCAGAAAAAAUAGAAACUGUCACCGAAACGACAAUAUCAACGAAAAACUUCUUGGAUAGCGAAAUAGCGGCUCAAUCUGAACCGAAGACCGUGAUUACCCAACAGGUAGUUGAGGAGAAAGAUGGCCCAGUGAAGACAAUCACCACAACAACCACAACCACGGUCAGUCGAGAAUGGACCGAGCCCAUUGAAAUCGAAACGAGCGGAAAUGCUGCUGACAAUGGAAUUGUCACCAGCACCGUUCGCAUAACGAAGGAUCUGCUCCACGGUGACAACGACUCUGACGAUUUUUAUAAAACAAUCGAAGAAAAGAUUACCAAAAAGAUGAGCCAAGAUUUUACGAUUUACAAGGAUGAUAAUAUUGCAGAUGUAUCAGACGAAAUAUUGGUCUCUCAAACGCCACCACCAACCCCAAAUGAAUCAAAUCAACAUCCGGACGAGAUUCGUGAGCGCUUGCACUGUAAGUAAAUUCGUGAUUUGUGUUUGAAUUUUGCUUUGUGCGUGUUUGAAAAAAAAAAAAAAUGACAAGAAAUGAACUACUAUUCCAUAUAAUUCAGCUAUGUUUGACGUUCUGCGUCUUCUUCAAUAUUCUCGCUGACGAAAAUCGAUUUGAGCGAAUCUAAUAUUCGUAUUCGUAUUUUUUUUUUCCUUUUGAGUUCCGUUUGUUUUCAUUUGUUUCUCGAAUAAGUGUACGUAUUUUGUUUUAUUCAUGCUGUGAAAAAAAAGAACAACUCAAACAUUUUAUACAUACUCCCCUAUCAACAUUUACAAUUAUUGUUUCAUUCUAUUUCUCACCAUGCCGUAAUGACAUUUGAAAACAUCCCAUUCCUUUUAUACUCAUCAUAAUAUAUUUUAGCUAAGCAAAAACCAACUCAUGUGCAAUUCAUUUAGUAUAAAAAAAAAUCAUCUUCAGUUUAUGAUCAUCCCGUAAUUUUUGUUGUGCUCCCCCUUGGUUUUGUUUUCACAUUAUAUUUAUCAUUGAAUCGUUUUUCAGUCCAUUUUCGGUUAGGUUCUUGAUUGAUUUGGUUUCAUUUAAUUUAAUUUUUGUCUGAAUACAAUAUACUCCAGCGAAUUACAAAUAUUGGCUAAGUUUUAUGUUUAACAAAUAAAUUUAUACGUGCAAAUAACGUGUAUGUCAAUGGUUCAAAGAGAAUAACAAACCAAAAAUAUUUCCAGUAUAAUUAUUUUCACCAUUCUGUCCACGAUUUUCGGCAUUCGUGGCGAACAUCACAAACACUAAAUUACAACUUCCCUUUUGAUUCCUAUUCUAUUGUUGUCCCAAUUUGUGUCCACGUCUACACAGCUAUCAAUAAUAUUGUCAGCGAUUAUUUUCGCACCUGACAAGAAGUGAUAUGACAGUUUUGCUUGUAAGUCACUUGUGUUAUUUUGAGUGAUGAUUCUGUCAAGUCUUGACCCAUAUUUGAAUCUUAUUAGUGAAUGUGUCAAUAUCGUUACAGAAAAAUAAAAUAAAGUUGAAGAUUAUAUCAUGGUCGGCAUUCAAAUGUCGCCAUUGACUCGAAUGAGCUAUUCACAAAUGCCUUCUUGAAAGGAAUUAUGAUUAUAGCAUAUUUUGCUUUACCAUAAAUAAGUCUGCACAUUUUCAUGACGGUCGCCAGACACAUUUUUAGCAGAAAAAAAUGUCCACUAAACUGAACAUGUUCGUCCAAUUUUUCUAUCCUCCGGAAAAUUGAUUGCAAAAACUUAUGGCCAGUCAUCGACUUGGUCAUUACACCGACAUUGAUUUUUUUUUUCGCCUGGCCGCCUAACGAUUAUGAGCGUAAUUGGAAUCAAUGUGGCCGUACACGUUUUUUUUUUGGUAUUUUACCCAACUUGUACGGUUUCUUGAUAAACACUAUACAGCAGAGAAAAUUCCAGCUAAUACAAUUAAAAUGUGCUGGAACAGUGCUAGCUAUUGCUUAUAUGCGCCAUUCUUCUCCACGAGUAACCAUGAAUCAUGAUUGCAUACAGUUCGAUAUUGCUACGUUUUAUUUCACGAACUUUUUGUUCUCGAACUUUUGUUAUAUUUUCCACUUCUUUAUCUCUCUUUCUCUAUAUAUUUUGCUCUAUAUGAUAUACAAUCAAAUUGUAACAUUUUCGAUUUUCGUUGGAACAAUACAUAUACAAAUAUUUAGUAAUAUUCAGUGGUAGAAGAAUUAUCGUAUUGGACAAUUGUCGGCCCUGUUUUAUUUCUUUCACUAUGUGCGCUGCUACGUCUGUUCAAAUGUUCAAAGAAAGAAUCGAAGCAGCCACACAGGAAUUUGUAGCUACUGUUUUAUUCUCGUUUGUGAUUCGUUGCAUACAACACACAGUGUGUCUUGAAACCAACGCUUAUUUUCUAUCGCCAUAAAGUCUAAUAUAUUUUGUGUGUUUUUUUAUAUUGAGCUUUUGUAAUUCAUAUUUUUCUCCGAAUUUGAAAUACGUUUUUUUUGCUUGAUUUCUUGUGAAUUUCAAGAGCAUUUUGUGUUUUUUUUUUUCUUUCCAAAGUCUAUAGUUUUAUAAAUCGUGAAUAUUUUCCAUUUCGAUUAUAUCUAUAAGUUUUGUUCACAUAAUAAAAGAAAACGAAAGAAUUGUGUUCUGUUGUGAAAUAUCCGGACUCUUCCUCCUGCGUCUAUAACUAGAUUUUUGAUUCUGUUUGAGUACACGUUGACAGUAUUUAAUUAAAUUCAUUGAACACAAUAUUUACCAUUAUUGUCGGUUGGUUGGUAAGUUAGUUUGAACUAAUACUACUUGAGUUUACGUGAACCGAAAAUCCUCCACAGAAUAAUGAACAAGCAAAACAUUUUAUGGGAAUACGUCUUCUGAGACAAAUUUAAUUAGUAUCACAUUUCUUUGCAAAUAAACUCUUCAACAUGAAUAAAUUUGUAACAGCAUAAAAAGUAUAAACACGAUUUUGAAGAAGCGAUCAUUUUUAGCCAUUCUUUCUUUAUUGUCGAAUUGAAUGAACAAAAAUUAAAUUAAAACAACUAUAACUUUAUUGAAUUUAAACAUAAAAGUUGGUCAUAAAUAUUUUGCAAAUCACUUUUUCGUUUUUUGGUCAGUGUGAAAACUGUAAUAUUUUGAAAUCUUUUCUUUCAACCGAUAAUUUGAGUUAAAAUUACAUUUGGUUGUUUCUAUUUAUUGUUGUUAUUCAUUUAUGUUUUGGAUUCGUUGUUUUCUUUCAUGUCAUGUAAUUUUAAAUUGUGUAUGUGAAUUUAUGGAAAAAAAUAGUUUCGAGAAUAAGUUUGGUAUCCAAUAUCCUAGUGAAUUGAAAUGGUAGCCUGACUUAUUCUCCGAAUAUUUUGAGAAAUUUACGAAAAACCUUCAACAUCUUUGACACACACGAAUUACACUCAUACUGAACACAAAUUACACUCACAAAAAACCGCAUUCAUGACAAGUCAUUUUGAACAUUCAGCCAGUAUUUAAACGCUUUGUCUGUCAUUGUGCAUUCAGUCGCUUUCACAAUACUCUUUGCUUAUUUUACGUACAAUUUCUGUCUCUGUCUUUUAAACAUGCUGAAAAAAUUUCAUUUACUUCAAAAUGUCGCCAAAAAGGAACGAAAUUUGAUUUUAUUCGAUUUUACGUUUAUUUUGUUGAAGUUUUCAGUUUUUUAUUUUCCUUUUA